AUGACUGCCCGACGCUACAUGAUUAUCCGAUCUCUUCCCCGGCUGAAACAUCUGACACUUGGAGUCACUUACGAUUUCUUCGAGGCAUUGGAACCUCGUUUCUCGUGGACAUGUGCGUAUGAAAAGAAGGACUUGAACAAGGUCCUGAAGGGAUUUGCCUGGAUCAAGGACAUUGCAGGACUGCUGACAUUCAGAGUCGCCGCAGCACGUCUCAAGACCAAUUUCGCACGCUCCGGGAUCAGACUUCUGGUCUCCGGCGUCCUCUACGCCACGAUCCCGACCGCAUCCGAACGAAUUCGCAUCAUCUUCGCUCUCCCCGAUAUCACGCAGCCGCCGCCUAGCAUCUCCCCGGUACUGUCCAACUUCGCCUCCUUACCGCUCGUCAUCUCCUCAGUAUCGCGCAACAUCGCCUCCACUCUACCCGACGUCAUCCACUUACAAUCCAAUGUCACCACGUUACAACUGUGCGUCGUCGCCUUCGUACUGCCCAGCAUCUCCGACGAACAAUCGGACAUCGUCUCCGCAUGGUCCGACUUUACCUCGCUACUGUCCAGCAUCCCCUCCCUCUUCACACUCGGCCGCCCCCAUAUCACCAGGUCACAAUCCAACAUCACCUGCCCCUACCACCCCGUUGGUAUCCCCGAGCACAGCUCCAUGCGCCUCGAACUCACCAAAGUUCUGUCCAACAUCACCUGGCUACUGCGGAGAUUCGCCAUCGCUUUGUCGGACAUCGUCCAAGGCUUCCUUGGCUGGCUAGAGAAGACGAAGAAGCCGAAGACAGAAGCCACAGAUGCUGCGAAGAAGAUCUGCGAGCGGAAUCGAUCCACCGCUGGCAGCGCAAGCCGAGGAUUGGACACUGAUGUUCCAUUCCUGGACAUUGCGCAGACUCAAAGGAACUUCGUCGAGGGCAGCCCUCUCAGCAAGAAGAUGGAGCCGAAAACUCCGAACGGCGGCCGCAAGCGUCGUAUCGACUCAUCGGAUAUCAUCGAUGAUGAUGUUACCUCGAAGAAGAGGCGCAUCACGAAGGGGAAAGGCAUCACUGACCAGGACAGUCGAUCCCACAUUACCGCAGACUCCUCGCCUCCAGAACAGAUCAAGCAAGGCGACGCUACCGUGCGAAAAGUUGGAGCUGGGAAAGAAGAGUCCUGGCUGACCCUCGCCCGCGCCGCGUCACUUCAACUCUGUCCUCCAAAUCCUCACUUCAUCCAGCCACAAGACACUCUCUGCACAAGAUCAGGAAAGCAUCCUUCCCAGAACAACAUGCCGACCAAUCUCGACAUCGAGAAAUGCUUGCGACGCACAGUACUACGAUUAUGGGAUGACUGGGAUCCAGAAGCGAAAUUCGACAUCGACAUAGUGCGCGAAGAAGCCGAGAAGACACUCGGCGUUGGAAAAGGAUACUUCAUUGACGAUCUGUUCUGGAAUGUGAAGAGCAAGACGAUCAUACUUGCUGCCGCGGAUGUGCUGUGGUGCUCAUCUGAGAAGUCGCCACCACAAAGCGCCGACUGCUUCCUUCUUGGGCUUCCUCUGGAAAUCCAGAACAUGACAUUCAAAAUGGCAUUUGUCACAUCACACACAAUCCUCCGCACAAUCUCAAUCGUCGGGUGGGCGGAGUCUCAAGCGGAAUCGACCGAAGACGAUAUCAGAGAUGAGUACGGGCAAUGCGAGCUAGAGACGUUCCCGAGGAUCGGAUCAUUCCCUCCGCUUCAGGUCGAGAAGUUCCUGGUCUCAAAGGCAUUUUCUGAAACCGCUGCCAAGGCCUACGUGCAAGACCAAUGGAUUGAUCUCAGCUCGUCGAGGGUCUUCUCAGGAAGGACAAUUGCCGAACAGCCACGAAGCAUCUUGUGUAGAUGGGCUACCAAGAUACACAUCAGCGCAUCUUGGUCGGUUCAUGCCAAUGUCUUGUCAAGCGAACACUUCAGGAGUCUUAAGUGGCUGAAGGUGAAGGUGCAUCCAUCUUACUUUCGUUCUCGUCACGAUGUGUUCGAGGAAGAUCCGGACGAGGAUGCCUUCCAGCGCGGAGAGGCCUUGGAUGUUAUCUUGAGCGAUGCGCAAAUACUCUGGUGUGAUGUUGCGCAUGACCUGGGAGGUAUUCGCGGCCUGAACAGCAUCAAGCUCUUGACAGCCACUGACGAAGAGCUCACUGCCUUCGUGUCCACAAAACUUGGCAAACUCUACGUUGACAUGACGCUGGAAUCCCUCACCCCGGCUGAGACCAAAACAUGGCAGUCGAAUCUGGAGAGAUUGGAGGAGCUCGUCAAGGCUCAGGUCACACAGCCCAACACUGUUGCCGUGGCGAAGCUUAGAUCGCGGGAAGAUCCAGAUGACUGGGAGUACCAUUGCUUCGGCCGCGAAAUGACUGUUGAGAGAUACAUCAACAGUGCAAGGAGAUCGUGGGCAUGA